AUGCAAGUCGCUCCGUUCCUGUCGGAUCUCAAGUCUCUCAGUGUUUGUUCCCACGAUGCCGCCAUCGCCCUUGUGAAGCCAUCUGUUAUCACGACAGGCGAUGGGACAAACCUACCGCAAGCCAGUUCUGACGCGACAAAUGGGCACCCAAGGCAGCCUCUGCCGGAAGAACAACGAGAUCAGGAUCUUCAACGUGCAAACGAACUGGUGUCACUCCACUACGACGUCAAGUUGAAAUACAUUGAGACAGGGCCUGAUCCAGAGCUGGUCCAUGCCGGCAAGGGUGUCGACUGUGUUAUAGCAGCCUUGUCCAAAUCAGAUGGACAGUCUCGAUAG